AUGAGUGCUACCGGAAUGUCAGAAAAUAUGGUGAGGCUAUUCCAGAAGAUGAAAUCUGAACUCGACCAACAAACCGCAACUAUUAAAAAGAACGUAACCGAAAAUAUCAUGCGCUCCACAGAUGAAAAAUUGCAACCAAUUUUGGAAGAAAAUAAAUGCCUAAAAACUGAGAUACAAAAAUUUAACGAAAGUAAUUAUUCGGAUUCAGAUCCACUUUGCUUGGAGUUCCGCAAACCGUGCCGACACAGUGCAAAUUCGAAGAGCAAGUUCAAAUGUAGUGACAUUUCAAUGGCAUUGGUUAUAAAGAAUCGGGAAUUGCUAAACAAGCAUACUUCAAAGUCGAAUCAAGGCAGAUAUAUGAGUAGAUUCAUGGCACCUUUUGAACCACAACGGAGAAAUAAAAUUCCAAGUCAGGGUAUUGCCAAAAAACGCAAGUUGAGUUGCAGCUAUUUCAUAUUAUCCAAAAAGAAGAAGAACAAGUUAAUAUGCAAAAAAUUAUUCAUGGCUGUAUUUGGGAUAAAGGAUAAAAGAUUAACUUCAAUUAACAACACCUGCUUUAAAGGAGGAAUCCCGAAGGAAAUCGCUGAGCACCUACAAGUAAAACGGGGAUUGUUUUAUACAAUUUGGAACAAAGAAUAUAACAUAGGCUUUUCUACACCAUCAUCAGACGUCUGCAAUGCAUGCACUUUAUGGGGAAAUAGGAUCAAAAUAGAAAAGGACCAACAGAAGAAGCAAGAAUUAAUGGUACAGAAGAGAGUCCACAAUCUACGUGCAAAAGCAUUUUAUGAUUUUAUUAGGGAAAAGCCCCAGAACACCAAGUCGUUGUCGUGUUUUGAUAUGCCACAGGUUCAAGCGUUGCCUAAAACGCCCAUUCAAGAUUCGUUUUAUGCCCGUCAGUCAGGCAGAGGAUCGACAGAGAUAAGCUCAGCGCUCUAUGAUUAUUUGACCAAAAUGAACAUUGCCAGCGAUAUCCACACCAUAAGACUGUUCUGUGAUGGAUGUGGAGGACAAAAUAAGAACAGCAUUGUCCUCCAUACUUUGAUGCAAUGGCUUUACGCAAAGUCACCACAAAAUAUUAGGGAAAUAAAACUGUAUUUUCCAGUCCGUGGGCACAGUUUUCUGCCUGCGGACAGGGUCUUUGGGAGACUUGAAAAACAGUUAAGAAAAGUUCCUGUUAUCACAACCCAUGAAGGUUAUUAUGAAAUAUAUAAAAACCAUGGUGAUCUUAGACUUCUAAACAGAGAUUGGAAAAUUUUCAAUGUCAAAGAACUGGAUAAGCAUUUGAUAAAGAUUGAACGAAUACAAAGUUUAAAAAGAAUUUUCAUAAAAAAAAUAUGUGGAAUAAACCAAAAUGUCAAAGGCUGUGCUGUAUUGGGUUUUUUGAACUACAGAUUUGGAGAAGAAAAACAAAGUGAAACUCUUUUGAAAAAGGGGAAGAGAAUUCCUACAGAGCUCUCUGUGAUGGAAGCGACUACAAAACCCUUAAAUGCUAAUAAAAAAAAUUAUGUUCUUGCAUUACUAGUAAAGCAAUUUGGAGAAACAUGGGAGGAAAUAGAUGAGUUAAAGUGGUUCAACAAUAUAUUGCAUAAUGACAGGAGAGAAACAUAUUCAAAAUACAAAAACAGAAACCCAAACAGUGUAUCAGACAGUGCAAGGUCAGGAAAAGGUACAGAUGACAUAUACAAGCCAAAAGUAUUUUGGUUUGAUCAGAUGAACAGUUUUAUUCGUCCGUUUGUUCAACAGCGACCCACACAAUCGAAUCUGAUACUUCCUACAGAAAAUUCCUCAGAUGCCUCAAUAGAAAAUAGUCUACAAUCAGAACCUAACUUUGAGUGCAGUACUAGCCAAAACUCUGAAGACGUGACACAGAUAGCAUCGAAAAUUGAUACACCUGCGAUAAUCAAAAGAAAGAUUGAACCACAACUAUCAACUUCAAAAAGUAAAAAAUCUAUUGGUGAUCAUGAAAUAGGAUUUAUGACAAGUGCUAUUGACAAAUUGAAUGCAAUUUCAAAUCGCGCAUCACAAGUCGCUACAAAUAACGAUGAUAGUUAUGAUCAUUUUGGGAAAUAUAUCGCAUCAAUGUUAAGAAGUAUAGGACCACCAACAGCAAUACGAUUACAACAAAACUUCAUGAAUGAAAUUACAAAUGCUAUGUGCCCACCAGAAUAUGUUACUGAUAAUUCAACGGCUGGAAGAUCAAGUGGAAGACAAUCAAAUUUAAGUACUUUUUCGGCUAGUAAUGAUGACGACUACAUGACAUUAUUUACAGAUUUAUAA